UCAGUUCCGCCAUGGACAGGCUGGUGAAGCCAGACGUGAAGGAAGUGGAGCUCAACUUCAAGAGAGACCAAAAGUGCAGCACAACCUUCCGGCUGAGCAACCUCAUGCACACCAUGCCCGUCGCCGUCUCCCUCACCACCAACAACCCAUCUCUCUUUUCCUUCACUCACCCCCUCUCCAUAAUCCCGCCGCUCUCUUCCUCCUCCUACACCCUCCUCCUCUCACAGCCGUCCGAUGAGCCCCCGCUCUCCCUCACGGCCACCCCUCAUGACGUCAUCAACGUCAAGGCCUCCAUGCUCCCCACCGGAAAAGCCCACCAGGAGGAACUCCGCCGCCUGUUCGCUCGGCCCGGGCCUCACGUUUUCCGGGACGCCACCAUACCCAUAUCGUUCGUGGGUCCGCACGUGGUUGAGUUUCUAAUUUCUCAGCACACCCGGAUCUCGGCAUUCGAUUCGUUUUUCAACAAGGCGAUUUCUCGGUGCUCUGGGGCUGAGCUCACGGCGUUGCUCGGUCCCGCCAUAGCUUCCGGGAAUGCUAAUUUGGUCUCCGACCUGAUUGACGCCGGUGCGGUUGUGAAUUGGAGAGAUUCGGAUUCCGGAUCUUUGCUAUCUCUCGGUGUUCGAACCGGAAACGUUGAGAUUGUAAAGGUCCUGAUCACCUCUGGAUGUGGAAUCGGUAACUCGGCCGACAUGGUUUUGCACGACGCGGCGGCUAUGAACCGGGUCGAUUUGUUUGAGAUUUUGUGUAAGAGUUUCACCGGAAUCGACGUCAAUUGUGUUGACCCGGAUGGUCGGACUCCGAUUCAUAUCGCGGCGGCACACGGCCACGUUGAGAUGUUGAAGUAUUGUAUUUCGGUCGGAGGCAAUGCGGAAGUUUCAGACUCAAAAGGUUGGAAUCCGCUUCACUGCGCGGCGGAGAAGGGGCAUUUGGGGGCCGCCAAGUGUUUGUUGACUUGCUCCAAGUUGAAACACGCCGUCACGAAAGACGGAAGGACGGCUUUCAACCUCGCCGCCACAAACGGGCAUUCCUGUCUUCUCGGUUGUCUACGAUACGACGACGUUCUGCACCGGGCGGCGAGGUUGGACGACGCACACGGUAUAAAGAGUUGCCUUGCGGAAGGGGCAGACGUGAACGGGAGAGACCAGAAUGGCUGGACCCCUUUGCACAGGGCGGCGUUCAAGGGGAGGAUCGAGUGUGUGAAGGUGUUGCUUAAUCAUGGUGCGCUGGUGGAUGCGGUGGAUGAUGUCGGCCACACGCCGCUGCAUUGCGCGGCGGAGGCGGGGCACGUGCAGGUGGCUCUGUUGCUGAUUGCUCAUGGAGCUCGAGCCAACGUGAAGAGCUUGAAGGGAAUUGUUCCUACCAAUUUGGACCGUUUCAAGAACCACCCUGCCCUGAUUUCAUAGAACGAAAAUCACAUGCAACUGAAACGUCACUGUGACGGUAUUUUGUAUUGAUCACACAAUUAAAAAUAUGUGAUUAGCUUAAAAUAACGUCACAUUGCAGGUGUAGAAAAGUUUUAUGGCGGUAUCGUGAUUUUAGAAGUUCUUGUUACAUUGUGCAAUCAAUGUGUAUAUAUUUGUGUAUUUUUUGAUGUUUAUGGUGGUGAGUUUGAAUGGUUGGGGCAGAGAGAGAUGUGUUUCACCUCCAAAGACUGUUGGAAGAAGCUUCUUCAGCUCAUGUAUACUACGAGAAUCAAGUUUAAGAACUAAGAUUUUUGCUUUAA